CAUACAAAUUUGGUGACUGCGAAACAGUCCUUUGACUAACGUGCAGUUGCAGAACCAGCUCUUUUACUGCAGUUGUGCUUCAAGAAUCUUUACUGAGAAGAUGGGAACACAUUUGAUUUUGGUGGGUCUGCUGUCUAUCUGCAGCCUCUCCUUUGGUCAAGAAUGUAAUCAAGAGCUUCUAGGGAAUGUGGAUUUUCCGGGAACAGACAUCAAAUUCAUCUACGCUGCUGAUGCAGAUCACUGUCAGAGGCUUUGCACCCAGCACCCCUCCUGUCAAUUUUUCACCUUUGUUCGGGCUGACUGGACCAGAGAUAACAGGCACUUCUACUGCUACCUCAAGUCCACGUCCUCUGGACAGCCCAAUGUUCGGACUCCUCUACUGGGUGUCACCUCUGGAUUUUCUCUGAAACCCUGCAACGCAGAUCUACAGCCUUGUUUGCCUAAGGUGUACCACAACACGGACUUCCCAGGUGCAGACUACCGACAGUUGUUCACAGCAGACUAUGAGGAGUGUCAGAGAGCCUGCACACAGGACCAGUCCUGUCAGUUCUUUACUUUUGUAAAUGGGGUGUUCACACCAGAGAAGAUCAGGUUCAAGUGCCAUCUUAAAUUCAGCUGGCCAGUACCAAUAACUCCUACUCCAGAAAGAAAGGCUGGUCUAGUAUCUGGAUUCUCCCACAUCUUAGAGAUAACUCAAGACGUUAGCACGGCAUGUGACGGCAAGCUUUUCCCAAGCACCGACAUCCCAGGAAAUGACGUCUUGGUUCUUCCUACUGUCUCUGUUGAGUACUGUCAGACUUUGUGCUCUUUUCAUUCAAGCUGCACCUACUUCUCUUUUGUCAGUGCUGACUUCAAAUGUUUCCUGAAGUACAACAAAGAUGAAAUGGUGACAAAAGUAAAAGAAGGAGUUACAUCUGGGAUACCGGCACGCUUCUGUCAGCUGGACACCAAGUGGGUUACGGUGGCACAUGAAGGCGUCGAUUUACGAGGUUCUGACAUUCGUUUUGAGCUGAUGGACGAUGCGGACGCGUGCCAAAGGACCUGUACAGGGGAAACUAACUGCCAGUUCUAUACCUACGUCAAUGAAACCUACUCAGACAGAGCUUACUGGCGCCGCUGCUAUCUCAAGCGUGCCAUCACCCUGCCUGCUCCUCCCAAAGUUACCAAACUGGCCAAUGUGGUGUCAGGCUUCAACCUGAGGAAGUGUGUGACCUGAGGGAGUGCUCUACACACACACACACACACACACACACACACACACACACACACACACACACACACACACACGGGGCAGCGAGCACAUGAGCCUGGCUUAAGCACACACUAGCACACUCACUCAAAUAAACAAUAUGCACUUUGCGGAACACACACAUUUUUGGACCACAGACCACAGACAUUGCAUCCUGAAGUAGAUCAAAGCGUUCUCCAGCAGUAAACACACACAAGGCUCUUCUCUGCUCUCUCAUCCCCGCGGAGCCGUUUUGGUGAAGCACGGCACAAUUAUGCUGAUCUUCUUGAGAAACAACUCGUUGCGACUGCCAUUCAUCAUCGCUCGGGGGCUUUCUUGUGCACCCUGUACCGCGCUGGCCGACUCUCUGUGAUUCACACUAUUUCCCUUCCUUUUCCUUUUAAACCUUCGCAAUCCCUCUCAUCUCUCCUUAACCCUGUCUCCUGCCUCCCUCCCACCCUGUUAUUGAACGUCUACGCCAAAUCAGUCACCCGACCGCAGCCCUUCAGAUCUUUCUCUUUGUUUUCCCCUCUCUCGGUCUCUCCAUCCUCCCUCUCGCCCUCUCCUUUACCGUCUGUCCAUUGUUGAGGAGACAGUGGCGCAGACAAACGGGGAGAGAAGAUAUCCGCUGGUGUACCGCAAGAUUGGAGAGAAAGAAUGGCAGAGAGACAGCGGAGGAGAGGAAGAUACAUAGACUGAUAUGAGGGGAAAGUUAAUUACAGGGGACUGCCAGUUAGAGGGCAACGUGAUGGGUCUGUUUGCCUCGCCGCGGCAUCCCAAAAACAUCACCAGCUCCCACCAUGUUUAUCCUAUGCAGCCACAAGACCACAGCUCCCAUCAGCCAUCACUGGAGACAGCUUAGAUGCAGAGGGGGGUUACGGCUGGAGAACAUGCAAGCAGUGUUUGCAGACAUGGCUAAUGUGGAUAAGUGGGUAACAUGUAGUUUUCAACCAUUCCUUUUCCAUUUGUAUUGAUAGCUUGCAAGUACAUGUUGCUUAUACAGUCAGAAAUAAACACACAGAGGAAAACAUGAA